AUGGGGGAGCGCUAUAGCACACCGUCCCCACUGCUACAAGAAUUGUCCGCGUACACACUGCCAGAUCCGCCCGUUUGGCCGAAUGCGGAUCACUUAGCUGGUCAAUCUGGACCGGCGCGACACGUACCGGCGCAACACGUACCGGCGCAACAAAUUUCGGCACAGAAUCUACCGGCACAGCAUCCACAAGCACAACCCAUACUAGCACCCCACAUACCCAAGAAACGCGGCCCAUAUAAGACAAAGGACAAGUCUCUUAAAGCGGCUAGGAUCUCGCCGGAAAACAGAGUAGUGGGUAGAGGCGGCAUGGUCAGUUUGGGUCACUCGAAAGAGGUGACGGAUAUGCUCAAGGCGCAGGCAGAGGCGCAGGCACAAGCAUCAUCACAGGCGCAGGUACAAACACCGGUGCAAACACAACUUCAAGCACAAGUCCAACUCCAACCCCAAGCACCGGCACAGCCUCGGAACGAGGAAGUACAGAAGGAAGUUGAGACGAAGCUAGAUACGCCGCUGUUAACAGAUACCACAUCGAUAGAUGAGAAUAAGAAUGAGCCGAUGGAUAGAGGUGCGGUACUGCCGCCGUGUCCGUUCACGAAUCAGACGGGUACAGCGACAGUGCAGGAGCAGGGAGAUGUGUCGAUGGUGGGUAAGACAGCGGACGGCCGUGAGAAGGGGAAGGGGAGGGCGGUGCAGAUGUAG